AUGGCGACUUUUAGCAGAGUAGCAAAAAAUGUGUUGCAAAAGAGUCCGAACGAUGUUGUUCUACUCUCUGCCGUCAGGUCACCAAUCAGUCGAAGCUUCAAGGGUGGAUAUAAAGACUGUCAUCCCGAAGAUAUUUUGAUGCCAAUCAUGAAAGCAGCCGUCCAGCGUGCUCAGAUUGAGGCCAAAGAUGUCAACGACGCAAUGAUCGGGAAUGUGCUGGCCGAGCUUGGAUUCGCAAAGACAGGACGUAUGGCGCUCAACCACGCUGGAUUUCCCAAUUCGACCACAUUUCACACGGUCAACCGCCAGUGCUCAAGCAGUUUACAGGCCAUCACUCAUCUGUCACAUGCCAUCAUGGUUGGCCAGAUUGAUGUAGGACUUGCCGGAGGUGUCGAAAGCAUGUCGCGAAACUAUGGCUCUCGAGGUGUCCCCACUGAUGUGUCUCCCACGCUUUUGGGUUCAGACGUCAAAGAUGCACGCGACUGUCUCAUGUCCAUGGGUAUAACAUCGGAGAAUGUAGCGACGCGUUACAAGGUGGACCGCAAAGCGCAAGACGAGUAUGCAGUAAGAAGUCACAGCCGUGCAAGUCGAGCCCAAACAGAAGGCCGUUUCGAUUGGGAGAUUGCUCCCAUCACUGUCCCACGAAUUGACGAGGCAACCGGACAGCUUGCAGGAUUCGAAGUCACCAAAGACGACGGCAUCAGACACGGCCUGACAUUUGAGAAAGUAUCAUCGCUCAAACCCGUGUUUGGUGAAGAUGGGAAAAGCACUGCCGGCAACUCAUCUCAAAUCUCAGAUGGCGCAUCGUCCACUAUACUGGCGCGGAGGUCAUGGGCAGAGGAACGUGGGCUGAAGCCACUUGGUCGCUUUGUGGGCACACAAGUCAAAGGUUGUGCACCUGACGAAAUGGGUAUCAGUCCGAUCUAUGCUAUACCUGCGCUCCUGAAGUGGACGGGCGUGAAGUUGAAAGACGUAGACGUGAUUGAGUUGAAUGAGGCGUUUGCGAGCCAAACCAUCGCGUGCAUCCGCACAUUGGGUCUGGACGAGGAAAAGGUCAAUCCCAAUGGAGGAGCGAUUGCUCUUGGACAUCCUACUGGAGCCACAGGCGCGCGCCAGACAGCAACACUGUUUGCAGAAUUGCAAAGACAGGACAAGGAGAUUGGCAUGGUUAGCAUGUGCGCGAGCACUGGACAGGGUGUUGCUUCGCUUUUCGUUCGCGAAUGUUGA